CAUCACUUUCCUUUCCAUUCUCCUUGUUUCUUUCCGAUGUGUUUCUUCUUACACGAUCCAGCUUUAAUCAUAGCCCAUCUUCUUUACAAAACAGCUCUUGUUUUAAGAUGGCUCUUGUCUUGGCCUCUUCAUCUCACGUUUAAACCCAUCAACUUCUUCUCUUCUGCUUAUUCCUCUUCUCCAUCUUCAUCUGUUUCCUCGGAAAUGAUCAGAGACAACCUGGUCCUCACAACCUUCGGGGAUGCUAAGGAAAGGAUGCCUUGGGUUUCCGACACCUGUGCUGUCUGCUUGUGUGAGCUCAAGGAAGAUGAUGAUGUCCGGGAACUGAGGAACUGCUGCCACGUGUUCCAUCAAGAUUGCAUUGAUAGAUGGGUUGACUAUGAUCAAGACGAUGAUGACCAUGAUCAUAAUCACAACACUUGUCCCCUUUGCAGAGCUCCUUUACUCACUUCUUCUCAAAGCUUGGUUUGGCCUAACAAUGAACCCAGCUGGGCCGUUGAUCGCCUGCUCUACCUAUUUGGGGAUGAUCUCCUUCCUUAGAUUAUCUAUUUUUUAUGUUUAAUUUCAUUUAUUGUCAACUAAUUA